AUGGAAUGUGGGUCUGGAUUGUGGGAUAUGACAGAUACUCAAGAUGUUGCAGCUGGUAAAGCUUGCCUGGAGGCUGUGUUCAAUGUCUAUUACAAGCCUUCAAGUCAGACUCCUGCCAGUGCCAAAGAGCCAUCUCCUCUACCAACAAGACCCUCACACAAGAACCAAUAUGGUGAUGAUUGGAUGCACAAGGCCAUCAAGACAUGUCAAGAGAUGGACUAUCUCACUCACAAUCCUCAGCAAGAGCUCAACAUGUACUUGUCUUUGCCACUAGAGGAGACUGAUGAUAUUGUUGCCUGGUGGGGGGUGGGCCGGGAGGGAUAUUAUUUCUGA